AUUUACAAAUAUUAGUUGAGAUUGAUAACGCUUAACCGCCGGUUCAAACUUACAAGAUGAAGGUAUUCCUGCUUUUCCUAGUCACCGCCGCUGUUCUGUACUCCGCUACUGCAACUGAAGAAGUUGACGACUUCCACCACCAUCACCAUCACCGUCGCCCUCGCCAUCACCAUCACCAUCACCCACACCCACACCAUCGCCAUCACCAUCACCAACACCACCGUCUCAACCGUGCACGUGCUGCUGCUGCUAGGAGAGUAGCUGCUGCUAGGAAACGUGCUGCUGCUGCUAAGAGACGUGCUGCUGCUGCUAGGAAACGUGCUGCUGCUGCUGCUAGGAAACGUGCUGCUGCCGCUAAGAGACGUGCUGCUCUUGCUAGGAAACGUGCUGCUGCUGCUGCUAGGAAACGUGCUGCUGCCGCUAAGAGACGUGCUGCUCUUGCUAGGAAACGUGCUGCUGCUAGGAAACGUGCUGCUGCCGCUAAGAGACGUGCUGCUGCACGCGCUGCCGCUGUAUUCUCAUCGAGUAGAACUCCAGGACAUGAAGGAGUAUACGGUAAAGAAGUAGCGGACGAAUUCGCAAGGGACGAUCAAUCCAACAACAUCCCCAUAGGACCAGAACCCUUCCUCCCAAUUAGGCCACACUCAGUGACAAAGGAACAUUCCACUUGA